AUGGCUUUUUCACGGUUAAUCGCCGUGCUCUCUUUCCUGUCGUUCGCUUUACUCAGCGCUGCCCUGCCUUCGAGGUCGAGGUCACUCGAUGAACGGGCCGAUACCGUCUUCUUUGAAGUCACCCUCACAUGGGAAGACUACUCACCGAUCGGAGGGAUACCCAAAAAGAUGAUCCUUACAAAUGGCACCUUCCCAGGACCCCCAUUGAAGAUGACGGUCGGCCAAUCAGUGGAAUUCCUCGUUCACAACGAAUUACCUGACCCGACUACGAUUCAUUUCCAUGGCAUUGUUCAGCAAGGCACUCCGUGGUCAGAUGGUGUGCCCGGUCUUUCGCAAGCUGCCAUCGCACCUGGCUCAUCGUUCUUGUACAAAUGGACUGCCGAUGCCUCAGGGGUGUACUUCUAUCACUCCCACUCUCGCUCGCAGAUGAUGGAUGGGCUGUAUGGUGCUAUCAUCAUCUCUCCAGAAUCCGAAGAUGACAAGCCAUUCUCUCUGAUCAACAGCGAUCCCGACAUUAUCAAAGCUAUGUCGGCGGCGGACGACGAGCUGCAGCCAAUCUUUAUCUCCGAUUACAACAGAUACACGUCAAAGGAACUCCAUCAGCAGGAAGUGGAUGCCAACAUCGAUUUUGCUUGCUCUGACUCCAUCAUCAUCAAUGGGAUGGGCUCACAGUACUGCUUGAGCCGUGAUGAGUUGACUGCCUACACAAACCCCAAAGUCGCGGCGCUCCUGGCUUCAGUCAGCCCUUCCCAAAUCACCGACAAGGGUUGCCUACCUCCCAAUCUCCCUGCGACUCAAGGGAACUUCACCUUCGACAUUGAGACUCUUCCUGACGAUGCCUACUUCACAUGUAAUCCGUCGACUGGGCCCAUGGCGACAAUUGACGUCGAUCCCGCCAAAGGCUUUGCGGCCUUGACCUUCAUUAACCCUGGCGGAUACGAGCUGCUCAAGUUUACCAUCGAUGGACACAAGAUGUGGGUGUACGCUGUGGAUGGCGGGUACGUGACUCCAACCCUUGUGGACCAAGUUAUCGUCAACAACGGAGACCGAUACUCUGUUCUGAUCGAGCUCAACCAAUUCCCUGCCCAGUAUUCCAUCCGAGUGGCAAACAACGGUCUCAACCAAGUCAUCAGCGGCUUCGCUGUUCUGAACUACAAAGGCUCAUAUGGACCCGCGACUGAAGACCCCAAUGCCAUUGCGGGCAUGAAUUUCGCCGGUGUCAAUUUGACCACCCUAGUGACCUUCAAUGACAACCUUGCGUCUCCUUAUCCCCCUUCGCCCCCCGCUCCGGACGCGGAUGUCACAUACCAAAUGAACAUCAAGAAGCUUGGACAGCCAGCCGGCGCUUACCAAUGGACUCUCAGUGGUGUCAAUGCCUUUGCGCCAGAGCUGGAAGAUCAGACGCCCCUUCUCUUUGAAGAUCCCUCCGACAUCAAAGCCAACGACCUUAUUCUCAAGACAAAGAGCGGUCAAUGGGUCGAUUUGGUGAUCAAGACGCAGGGCCCACUCGCCCAACCUCACCCGAUGCAUAAACACUCCAACAAGGCUUAUGUUCUGGGUAAAGGAAUCGGAAACUGGACCUGGAGCACUGUCGCUGAAGCGGCCGCUGCUCUGCCAGCCGGCACAUUCAACUUUGUCAACCCACCUCUUCGCGAUGGGUACACUACCACCCCCAAUGAAGCCAACAGCACGUGGAUGGUGUUGCGAUACCAAGUCACGAAUCCCGGCGCAUUUCUUUUCCAUUGCCACGUGCAGACACACGUAGCGGGCGGCAUGGCAGUGGCCAUGCUCGACGGCGUGGACGAUUGGCCCACGGUGCCGACUGAGUACGCCAAUGGCAAUGGCAUCGUGUACAGCAAGCUCAAGAAGAAGGGCAAACUGCACGCCAAAGCAUCAUAA